GGGAAUACUUGCAUUUUGAGCGUACAGUUGUUGUAUACCAACUAUAACAUGAACUAAAAUGUUAUUUUAGGGAUAUUAUAUUGUCCAUACUAUGUUGCUUUGGUUUAUUUUGAUUUGGUUAUGAGGAAGCCUGUGAUUGGCUAAGCGCCAACCGCCACAUUAAAAAGAUCCCGAAUUAAUCAUUAAAAUGGCCGUAAUCAGAUUGGACAAGGGGAGUCGGCGUGCUACAUGCUAAUAGUUGAGUAUGUUGUAAAAAAAAAAAAAAAAAAAAAAAUUUGAAAUGGGCUCGAAGAGUUGGCAAGGAUUUUGAAGCCCUGGCCGUUUAACGUCAGGCGCGAACGCCGUUACGUCGGAAGAGCCGGUGGCACAGCAGCAACUUUACCCCCGCUGGAAGAAGCGCCGUCAUCAAGCUCCUCGAUAUCGGAAAAGAAUGAUGGCAAUAACAACUCCGAGAAGCAUGACGCCAACUUGGCCUCGGGUGUCGUUGCCGGUGUCAAAAGGUUGGCGUGCUUAGCUUAAGCGUGUGACCCAGCACGCAUUAGUGGAACAGUGUACACGGCCGCCGCGGAGACAUCAUAUCCGUAUUAAAAGCGAAAAUAAUCCCGAGGUAAGGAGCCGAGGAGUGGCCGUAAAGCGAGCGGCCGUCGGCGUUUCUGUUUAUUUUCCUCCGCUUCGGGUCUCUUUACUCCCACAAAGUGUCUCGCAGCCGUCGAAAUUAGCGCACAUAUCAUCAUUUGGUGGCUCCCUUUAAGAUCCAGCCAGCGCAAGGAUUUUUUUUUCCUGCUCUCCUCCUUCGUUAUAAAGUCGCCAUUUUGCUUCACUGCCUGAAUAAACCAUCCGGUGGUGUUCCAAUAUUUUUCCUCAAGGAGUCGAGGAUUUACACCUCUUUUCUGGGUAUUUUUGGAGUGUUUAAAGGCAAGCUUGGAGCGGUGCCUCGUGGUAUAUACAUAUUAAUGCAGCAAAGGAAAGGGGGCACGGCCACACUAAAGUCUCCUAGAUUGUUUUCGAUUUUUUUCCCCCCAGCCCUCAACCUAAACGCAAUUUGUCGUUUUGGCUUCUCUAACCCCCUUUGCCCUCGUUGACGUUUGGAGACGUGAAGGUGGGCAGGACGACGGUGUGUGUGUGUGUCCGUGUCCCACCAUCACCAGCGUUGUGACCGGCCGUUGACACACAGCAGGUGGGAUUGCAAUGUAACAAAACAUCGACGGAUAAACGCCCAAUACGGUGCCUGUCUCCGGACCCCCACCUCGUCCACGGGGGCUGACCUGGGUCCAAGCCGGCCCUGAGCUACGGCUGAGCGGCCAACACUCCAGGCAUGGAAAACCCCAGUGGCACUAGGCUCGUAAAGCUGUCAGCAUCAAGCCUUCCAAGGGGCCGGAUGUCUAAGCAUGGAAAUCCGCAGGAGCCUGUCAGAAGUGUGCCAUGCCCUGAAAACAACAUCAAACACACACACACAGUGUGUGAUGAUGCAGCAGAGGGGAAGAGGAAAGGUUGUCCUAAAGCGGAAGAGCAGGAACUGCGAAGCAUCCCUGCCCACUUGAUGGUACAGUGGAAGGAAGAGUUUAAGCGUCGCUCCAGAGUUAAAUGUCCAUUCUCAGGCUGCUGGUUAGAGUUUCCAAGCAUCUAUGGUGUAAAGUACCACUAUCAACGCUGCCAAGGGACCACAGUAGUUGAGAAGCAGAGUCAUGGCUGUCCCUAUUGUGAGGCAGUGUUUAUAACAAAGGUGCGCCUACAGAAACACAUACUUUGGAACCACCCAGACAGGGUUAGUUUGGAGUCAAAGGAUGAGCAGCCGAAGCUUCAGAAGACCCCUGUCAAGUCCAGCACCGUAAAAAGGACCCUGGAGAACAACCCUCCAUCUCCAGUGUUCUUCAAAGUGAAAAAGACCCUGGAGGUGUCCAGCCCUUCUCACAAUGGAGAGCUGACCCACCAGAGGAGUGAGAGGAAACAGCACAGUCAGCCGUCACUGCAGCGUCACCAGUCCCAGCCUCAAUUUGAGCAGUCUCGGUCCCAAAGCACAUCCUCUGAUGCAGGGGGAAGUGAAAGUGAAUGUGGCAGCCUGCCGCUAUCUUAUCCCGAUGAAGACCCAGAACGAAUGAAACACAGACGGAAGCAGAAAACACCCAAGAAGUUCACUGGAGAGCAGCCUUCGAUCUCUGGAACAUUUGGAUUGAAAGGAAUGACUAAAGUGGAGGAGAAGUUGAAGGCAAGUCGCGUGAAGAGACGGGACGGCAGCACAUUUACUGAGGAGCCUCACAGACGACCAACUUCAAAUCAGUCCUCCACUAAACACACAGCCACCACCAGUUCAGGUACUGUUCCUGACAUUCAGUGGCAGAAAGCAAUUUCAGAGCGAGGUGAAGUUGUGUGCCCCACCUGCUCCAUCGUCACCAGAAAAACAAUCCACGGCCUGAAGAAACACAUGGAGAUUUGCCAAAAGCUCCAAGAGGCCCUGAAGUGCCAACAGUGCCACAAGCAGUUCAGGUCCAAGGCAGGCCUUAACUACCACACCAUGGCAGAGCACAACUCCAAGUCCUCAUGGAGUGAAGGCCAGAUUGACGACGAGCAUGAGCGAGAACGACUACGCCGAAUACUCAAACAGAUGGGUAGAAUCAAAUGUCCUAGUGAGGGCUGUUCAGCUCACUUCACCAGUCUAAUGGGCUACCAGUACCACCAGAAGCGUUGUGGACGUGAGUUCUCUGAUGUUGAGAAACCCAUGUUUUUGUGCCAGCACUGUGGAAAAACAUAUCGCUCCAAGACUGGCAGGGACUACCAUGUACGCACUGAGCACUCCCCAACCAUCACCUCUACUAUGACAGCCUCCACCAACUUCAAAGACAAUAGUACUGACACCAACAACAACACUGGCAAAGAGAGGGUCACCUGUGACAAGUUUACAGGAGGGAAGAGAGAGCAAAGCCAGCCCGAGUGGCAUGUAAAAACACAGUUGGCCCGGGAGAAGGACAAGGUUAAAGACAGAGACAGUCAAGUGAAGAACAGAGUCAAAGAAAAGACAACACGGAAUGAAAGCCUCCAAGAGGAUUUCGAACGGACACCUAGUGGCAGAGUGAGGCGCCGGUCAGCUCAGGUGGCAGUGUUCCACCUACAGGAGAUAGCAGAGGAUGAGCUUGCAAAAGACUGGGGCACCAAGCGCCGCAUCAAGGACGACCUUGUGCCUGACAGCAAGAGGUUGAACUACACUCGUCCAGGCCUUCCCAACUUUAGCAGGGAGCUUCUCGAGACCUGGAAGAUUCAGGUCAAGGAAAAUGGCUUCAUCUGCUGCACCAAUGAUAGCUGUGAGGCUGUCUAUUCCAGUGUGUCUGGACUAAAAGCCCACCUUGCCAACUGUAGCCAGGGAGGUGGAGAACUCGCAAAGUACAUGUGUCUGAUCUGUCAGAAGGAGUUUAAUUCAGAGAGUGGUGUCAAGUACCACAUAAGCAAGACACACUCACAGAAUUGGUUCCGUGCAUCAGACGGUGAAGGGAAUUCCAGCAGCAAGAAUAAAGCACAGGAUGACGACGGCAUUAGAGAAGAGGUGAGGAAUGGUGCCACCACUGGUAAAAAGAGGGGUCGCAAGCCCAAAGAGCGUCCCCCGGUGGUUGUGCAUCCCCAAACACAAACUGAAGAACCUAACACCAAUCACAACUCAGAGGGUGAGACGACCCUGUUCUCUGACUCAACACAGUCCCCUUCACAAAGCCCUGACUUUACAGACAUUACUAAUCCUGACCUGAACCGACAGCCCAAUGGCUCUACUGCGCGACAAAGCAAACCGAAGAGGCUGUCAGUGUCUGAGUAGCUCUGCUUUUGUCAACGAAGGAACUACAGAAGAUGCCUCCUCCAGAUGUGGUUGAACUUUACAAGAAACCUAGCACUGAGAAAAUAAAAAAUGUGGCUACAGUUCUAAAAAGUACUCACGGUAACGGUACUGUUUCCAUUCCACUUGUCUCCUAUUAAGGCACCAAUUUCAGUUCCCACACUCAGUAGGAGUUUGAGAAAAUCAAAUCAAAGACAGCCGCAGUGUUGACUUCCACAGUGAUAAUAUUUUCUCAACAAGAUGGCUGUUGUUUCCUGUCAGUGGACGGUCACUCACUCCAAAAGACUCACAUUCAAAACAAAACACAUUCUCUCAGCAUGGUAAAGUCAUGUCAUGUUGCUAGUGCGUUCACAUUUCUUUCACAGGUAUACUCUGUACAUAAACACAUAUCUCUAUAUAGCUGUAGUAUAUACUCAAAUCAAUGAUGCAGUCACCUUUCAACAUCUAACAAACCCAUCAUUGAUCAUGUGUGUUCAGAAUGUUUUGUGUGUUGUCAUUUUUUUCCCCUUACUGUGUUUCAAUGAAGCAAAUCACAUUUAAGCUAAACGUUUAGUUUUUUUUAAACCAUUUUGAUUUGUUUUGUCUGUGUACCACUUGAAGGGUAUACAGUAUCUGCUUUGAAACCCAUAAUUAAGUGAUAAGAACAGGAUUUAUGCAGGUGACAUUAGUGAAGAGAAAAUCAAAUAGGGAUUGUUGUUUUUCUGUACAGUGUGUCAUCGGGCAUAUUUUAACUGAUUUAAACAGAAAACUAAGCUUGAAAUAUUAUUACUAACGUUAGAUUGGCAAAGCCAAUUGUUUGACGGAAGGAAAAAUUCUUUUGAAGAUCGUUGCACUGUUGCAGCACAAUCAAAAAGGGUAAAAACCUUUUUUUUUUAAAAAAGAAGCCGUAUUUUGUCUAUUACUUCAUCUUGAAUCAAAGAGAUAAGAAUAGAAUGAAAAUACUAUCUUUUAUAGAGGUUUAGGAGAGUGAUCUUUUAUCAUUGCAAAUCAUAAUUCACAUAUAAUAAUAUAUAUGAACUUACACCUGGAUGUUCAAAGAUAUUGCAUUGCACUUUAACCCUUGUAGUUCCCCUCUUGUGAUUUUGCACUCCAAGAUACUUGGUUACUUACAAACUCCAAUUCUAAUGAAGUUGGGAUGUUGUGUAAAAAAAAAAAACUGUGAUUUGAAAAUCCUUUUCAACCUAUAUUCAAUUGAAUACACUACAAAUGAAAGCUAUUUAGCAUUCAAACUGGUGAACAUUGGUGGGGUUAUUUUUGUUAGUUUUUUGUUUUGUUUUGUUUUUUCAAAUAUUUUCUCAUUAGGAAUUUAAUGCCUGCAAAACAUUCCAAAACAGCUGGGACAGGGGUAACAAAAUACUGGGAAAGUUCAGGAAUGCUCAAACAACAGAUUAAUUAGAAAGAGGUGAGUGUCAUGAUUGGGUAUCAAAGGAGCAUCCCCGAGAGAAUCAGUUGUUCACCAGCAAGGAUGGGGUGAUGUUCACCACUUUGUGAACAACUGCAUGAACAAAUAGGCCAACAGUUUAGGAACAAUGUUUUGCAAUGUGCAAUUGCAAGGGAUUUAGGGACACCAUCAUAUAUGGUCCAUAAUAUCAUUCAAACAUUCAGAGAAUCUGGAGAAAUCUCUGCAUGUAAGCGGUAAGGCUGAAAACCAACAUUGAAUGCCCAUGACUCUCGAUUCCUCAGACGGCAUGCAUUAAAAACUUGCAUCAUUUUGUACAGGAUAUUUCCAUGUGGGCUCAGGAACACUUCAGAAAACUAUUGUCAUUUAACACAGUUCUUCGCUACAUCUACAAAUGCAAGUUAAAAGCUGCAAAGCGAAAGCCAUAUAUCAACAACACCCAGAAACACUGCAGGCUUGUGUGAGCCCAAACUUCUCUGAGAUGGACUGACGCAAAGUGGAAAAGUGUGCUGUGGACUGACAAGUCCACAUUUCGAAAUGUUUUGGGAAAUCAUGGACAUCGUGUCCUCUGGGCCACGUGUUUUAGUGCCAAUGGCAUAGGUGACUUGUGCAUCUGUAAAGGCACCAUUAAUCCUGAAAGGUACAUAGAGGUUUUGGAGCAACAUAUGCUGCCAUCCAAGCAAGGUCUUUUUCAAGGACGUCCAUGCUUAUGGGAAAGAGCUAGACAAUGCCAAGCAACAUUCUGUUACAACAGUGUGGCUUUGUGGUAAAAGACUAUGAAUACGAGACUGGCCUGCCAGCAGUCCAGACCUGUCUGGACAUUAUUAAGCGCAAAACACGAAAACGGAGAUUGACUGUUGAGCAACUGAAGUUGUCCAUCAACCAAGAAUGGGAUAUAAUUGCACCUACAGAGCUUCAACAAAUUGUGCCCUUAGCUCCUAAACACCUUUGAGUGUUGAUAAAAAAGUGAUGUAACACAGUGGUAAACAUGCCCCUUUCCAGCUUUUUGGGAACGUGUAGCAGGCAUCAAAUUCAAAAUUUGUGAAUAUUUGAAAAUAAACAAUAAAGUUGAUCAGUUUGAGCAUUAAAUGUCUUUGUAGUGUAUUCAAUUAAAUAUAGGUUGACAAGGAUUUGUAAAUCAUUGUAUUCUGUUUAUAUUCACAUUUUAAACAAUGUCUCAACUUCAUUGGAAUUGAGGUUUGGGGUAGCUGUCAGACAGGAACAGAAAUAUUUUAUUCUCGGGACAGACUUUUAGAUUCUAUUUACGCAUUAAUGGACAUCUAUGUGAUAUUAUUCAUAAUCCAGCAGGACUAUAUAAUUUUAACUCACCACACAAAGCCAUAACUGCCACCUCCUACAAUGAUUGAGUUUUAAAAGAAAUAUGAAUCCAAUUUUAUUACAUUUCCCCAUCUAAAAGUGUGCAAUCAUAGAGUAGUAGCUACUUGAAUCCACUGUUUUGUUAAUGACGUGAACAAAUGACAACUCCACAAAUGUUAAUGACGCCUGCGUAAAAACGAUUUAGAAAUCUAGAUAGAACUUUUCCACUUGUUUCUGGACCUGAAACUAAAUCUGUUAGAACUCAGCAGGUCCGCUAUAGCCUCCCGUCCUUUACUCUCCUCCAGAAUUUGCACCUAUAAAUUUUGUUAAACGUCAUCAUUUCAAUCUAGCCGUGAUAUCGACUUUGAUGAAUAGCAUAAUUAGAAUAUAUAUUGACACACGUGACCUUUUUUAUUGUGUGAAGCUCAGAUGUUUCUCCCAUUUGAAAUCAUCUGAAGGUGUAUUCAGGUGGAGAUGAUUAUGCAUGUGUCUGUCUCUCUCUUGACGGGAUGGACCACUUCCUUCUAUCCAGGUGUAACUGGUGAAGAUUUAUUAGACAAGCACUGAUUAAUUUCCGUAGUCGAGAAUGUGUAUGUGUGUGUGCGUAUGGAACAUUGAGCACCUUUGUAAUGACUGACAAAUUUAAGAGUCUAACGCUUUCUGCUGGGUGUUAUGAAGUGGCACAGAAUCAACUGCUCGUUACUCAUGUUACAUUAACGUCCCAUUUUCUGGGCAAGCUUUGGUGUUCCGAUAUGAUAGUUUAGCACUGCUUUUACCUGGGUAUUUUAUAUUUUAUUACGCCCUUUACGAUCUGUCUUCCUAUGGUAUGGAAAACACAUAUCUAUCCCGCAGUGUGCGCUAACUGCAACAUGUUUAGAGAGUAAAGCAAUACACCAUGUUUAGCUGAUUUUGUGUGCUUGCUGAUAUUUUGAUAUUGAUGUCUUCUCACAAUUGUUUGGCUUUUCUCGGUUUCUGACUUCUUGUUUGUUCAUUCUGAAAGAGCUUUUUACCACAAACAUAGGCUUAUUUGUCUGCAUUCACUGUUAUUUUGUCAUUUUUGAUUACUCUGAUAAGGAUUUUUUUUAAUUUUAAAUACACAAUGACAAAUACAUAGGGAGUGUCCUUUAUUAUUACUUAUUCAAUAUGGGACAACAAGGCAUAUGUAUAUGUGUUUGUUUCUGUAUUUAGUGCACUUACUAUACCAUGAAAUAGGCUUGAAAUAGGAGUGUUGUUUGAGCGUUCUAGUGAUCUGGACUGUGUGUGGUGUGACUUUUGUAACCGGAGAAACAGCAGACUAAAGUGUCUUCCCUUUGUUGUUUCCUAAAACUGAGGCGAGUUCACAGAAAUCCAGUCAGACUGUCUCAGAAUUGUACACUUUUAUUUGGGCGACAGUGGUUGACUUUGUACGCUACCUACUUUAAAAAUGGCAUUCGCCUAAUUUGCAGGUAUCAUUAUACUGGAUGAAAGUUUUAAGAGAUGGUGUUGUAGCUCACAAUGGUAAUGUAGUAAAGAUAUCUGAAAUGAAGCUGUGUUGUAUCUAACAGAGGAGGCUUUCUACCUCCUCUGUGUCUCAACUGUUAACAGUUUUGUUCCCAAAUGUAUUGUAUGAACUGUUCAUUAGCCCUCAACUAAUAAAGGUUUGUUGAAAAAAAAGUGUCAA